AUGCAGUCCUUAAGACUGAUGGAUUGGGAUAAACCGUUGCAAAUAGCCAUGCAAACUAAAUGGAGCAUCUUCUACCAUAGCUUAGGGCAGUUGAAGGUACUAGAAAUUCCAAGGAAAGUGAUUCCAAGUCUAUCAAGGAACAUCAAAGUUCAUGGUUUCUGCGAUGACUCGGAGGAAGCGUACGGCGCGUGCAUCUAUGUGCGUUCGAUAGAUGGCAACGGAAUAUGGAGUUCAAGACUCUUGUGUUCGAAAACCCGUGUUUUACCUUUGAAAGCGACUACCAUUCCACGUUUAGAACUGAACGAGGCGCUAUUACUUGUCGAAUUAGUCAACAAGGUGUCAGGGUCUUGGGGCUUUCAGUUGGAAAAUUGUCAAUUAUGGACUGAUUCGAUCGUAGUCUUGAGCUAG